GUAGUGCAGAGCUGUUAGCAUUGCAUGUUCUUGGCUUUGCGUUUUCGUUAUUUUUUUUUCCUUAGAUUUGAUACAUGUGCAGGAUCCCUUUGGAGAACUCAAGUACUGGCAGAGUGAUAUGAGCUGCACGCAAAACGAAGAGUUGCUGAAAAGCAGCGUUUUGUGUUUGCUCAAGUCCUUCUGGAAUGCUAGCGGUUCUUCUAACAAUAAGUGAACGUUUCUCAUUUAGAAGAGGUGUUUGUGAAGUAGCUAGUAUUUAAGAUUUUCCUUUGAAUGAGAAGGUGGAGCAUCAGCAAAUGAUGGGAUUAGAUCUUGCAGAUAGCAUAUGAACAAACUGUCCUUUGGAGGAGAUGGUGAUGGGCAAGGAAUGGGCUUGCUCCUUUCAAUGAAUGCACCUUCAGAUGAGAACUGCGUUGUCAGUGACCUCUUUUUGUGUGAAGAAAUUCUUCAGCCAUGGAUGUGUUCAUGAAAGGACUAAACAAGGCAAAGGAGGGAGUUGUAGCAGCAGCAGAGAAAACCAAGCAAGGAGUGGCUGAAGCAGCAGGAAAGACAAAAGAGGGAGUCCUCUAUGUGGGUUCCAGGACCAAGGAAGGAGUUGUUCAUGGUGUCACAACGGUGGCUGAGAAGACCAAAGAGCAGGUAUCCAAUGUUGGGGGAGCUGUGGUGACAGGGGUGACGGCAGUGGCCCAGAAGACAGUGGAAGGAGCAGGGAAUAUUGCUGCAGCCACUGGCUUGGUGAAGAAGGAUCAACUGGCUAAACAGAAUGAAGAAGGUUUCCUGCAGGAAGGGGUGGUGAAUAAUACUGAUAUUCCUGUGGAUCCUGACAAUGAGGCUUAUGAAAUGCCUCCAGAGGAAGAGUAUCAAGAUUAUGAACCUGAAGCAUGAGGAAUCUUUUCUUCCUUUAUAUCUCCUGAAAUCUACUAACAAAGACGUGCCAUCCUGUACAAGUGCUGAGUUCCAAUGUGCCCAGUCGUAAAAUUUUUUUACAGUUUUUACAGUGUAUUUUGAAGUCUUCCAUCAGCAAUGAUUGGAGUAUCUGUGACUGCAUCCACCUUGUUUCAGCAUUUCCCUCCUGCUGAAAUGAAAGCUGGUUGGCAGGGUCGUUGUUGUGCUGUGGAUAUUGUGGCUUCACUUUUAAAAGUUAAAAACAAAAUACUAAAUAGAAACACCUAAGUGUCUACUGCUUAUUUCUAACUCUGUACAUGUUUUGUUGAUAGGCUGUCAGUAAUUCGAUAUUGUUUAUGAUACAACUUUUAUUUGUUUCCUAUGACUAUUAUUUCUGUGCAGAAAAGACUUAUUGUGAAAGCUUUAUGUAAAUGUUAUGUAUUAUAUAAAAAAGUAACUGAGCAUGAACUAUGCACCUAUAAAUAUUAACUGUUGAAAUCUUGUUGUGUGAUGUGUUUUACUAACUUGUGUCUGUAAAUAAUGGUGUUCAACUGAAGCAAAUAAAAUGUAACCUGUUAAAAAUGAA